GCCCGCGGCCUCAGAGCUCUCCACCUCCCCAGGAUGCGGGCUCCAGGUGCGGGUUCGGCCUCCGUGGCCUCUUUGGUGCUGCUACGGUUGCUCGGGCUGCCGUGGACAUGGAGCACAGCGGCGGCGUUCGGCGUGUACGUGGGCAGCGGCGGCUGGCGUUUCCUGCGGAUCGUCUGCAAAACCGCGAGGCGGGACCUCUUUGGCCUCUCCGUGCUGGUGCGCGUGCGCCUGGAGCUGCGGGGGCACCAGCGAGCUUGCCACAACAUCCCACAGAUCUUCCAGGCGGUGGCACGGCGGCAGCCCGAGCGCCUGGCGCUGGUGGAUGCGGGCAGUGGCGCCUGCUGGACCUUCGCGCAGCUGGACGCCUACUCCAACGCCGUGGCCAAUGUCUUCCGCCAGCUGGGCUUUGCGCCAGGCGAUGUGGUGGCCCUCUUCCUGGAGGGCCGGCCUGAGUUUGUGGGGCUGUGGCUGGGCCUGGCCAAGGCGGGCGUGGAGGCUGCGCUGCUCAAUGUGAACCUGCGACGGGAGCCCCUGGCCUUCUGCCUGGGCACCUCGGGUGCCAAGGCCCUGGUCUUCGGAGGGGAGCUGGCGGCGGCGGUGGCCGAGGUGAGCGGACAGCUGGGUAAGAGCCUGAUCAAGUUCUGUUCUGGAGACUUGGGGCCCGAGGGCAUCUUGCCGGACACCCAGCUCCUGGACCCGCUGCUGAAGGAGGCCUCCACAGCCCCGCUGGCCCAGCCUCCUGGCAAGGGCAUGGAUGAUCGACUCUUCUACAUCUAUACGUCCGGGACUACGGGUCUGCCCAAGGCUGCCAUCAUCGUGCACAGCAGGUACUACCGCAUGGCGGCAUUUGGCCACCACUCCUACAGCAUGCGCGCAGCAGAUGUGCUCUACGACUGUCUGCCCCUGUACCACUCGGCAGGGAACAUCAUUGGCGUGGGUCAGUGUCUCAUCUACGGUCUGACCGUGGUCCUCCGCCGGAAGUUUUCAGCCAGCCGCUUCUGGGAUGACUGCGUCAAGUACAACUGCACGGUGGUCCAGUACAUCGGGGAGAUCUGCCGCUACCUGCUGAAGCAGCCCGUGCGCGAGGCCGAAGGGCGGCACCGCGUGCGCCUGGCCGUGGGCAACGGGCUGCGGCCGGCCAUCUGGGAGGAGUUCACCGAGCGCUUCGGGGUGCGCCAGAUCGGCGAGUUCUACGGGGCCACCGAGUGCAACUGCAGCAUCGCCAACAUGGACGGGAAGGUCGGUUCCUGUGGCUUCAACAGCCGCAUCCUGCCCCAAGUGUACCCCAUCCGACUGGUGAAGGUCAAUGAGGACACCAUGGAACUACAGCGGGAUGCCCAGGGCCUCUGUAUCCCGUGCCAGGCCGGGGAGCCUGGCCUUCUCGUGGGCCAGAUCAACCAGCAGGACCCGCUGCGUCGCUUCGAUGGCUACAUCAGCGAGAACGCCACCAACAAGAAAAUCGCCCAAAGUGUCUUCCGCAAGGGUGACAGCGCCUACCUUUCAGGUGUGCAGACCCUGGGGGCUGGCUGUAGGGAUGGCGGGUCGCCAUCUUACCUCCCCUUCUCCCCUCUAACAGGUGACGUGCUAGUGAUGGAUGAGCUGGGCUACAUGUACUUCCGGGACCGCAGUGGGGACACCUUCCGCUGGCGUGGGGAGAACGUCUCUACCACCGAGAUAGAGGGCGUGCUGAGUCGCCUGCUGGGCCAGACAGAUGUGGCUGUGUACGGGGUGGCUGUGCCAGGAGUGGAGGGCAAAGCAGGCAUGGCGGCCAUUGCGGACCCCCACAGCCAGCUGAACCCCAAUGCGCUGUACCAGGAGCUGCAGAAGGUGCUGGCACCCUACGCACGGCCCAUCUUCCUGCGCCUCCUGCCCCAGGUGGACACCACAGGCACCUUCAAGAUUCAGAAGACACGGCUGCAGCACGAGGGCUUCGACCCACGCCAGACCUCAGACCGGCUCUUCUUCCUGGACCUGAAGCAGGGCCACUACCUGCCCCUGGAUCAGGGUGUCUACACCCGCAUCUGCUCGGGCGCCUUCGCCCUCUGACACGUCUCCUCUGCCCGCCAGAAACGUCACGCCAGGCCCAACAAGCGAGGCGGGCUUGAGCCAGACAGCCCUGACCUGUCCUGGGGCGCAGAAGCUGCAUCCUGGGAGGAGCACGUGUGUCCCGCCUUCACCCUCCCCCUCUCCCCGUCUGGUUGUCCCCCGCCCCCUGCCUGCCUGUCUUCUGCUCCUGUGUGUGUGUGUGUGUGUGUGUGUGUGUGUGUGUGUGUGUGUGUGUGUCUGUUCUCUGCUUUUUGGCCUCCCUGCUGUCCCUGACUGCCCUCACCUCUCUCCUCCAUCUCUCCUCCCCUGCCCUCUUCCCUGCCAAAAGUAGAACAGACAUUUCCUGGGAGCUGCGGUCUGUGUGGAGGGCCAGCUUCCCUGGGGGCCUCCGCAGGUCCACCCCACUGGGUGGUAAACCCGGAGUGGGGCCUCUCCACUUCCCUCUCAGCUGUGCCUUAACAAGCCCCACCCAGCCCGGGCCUCCAGGCAGACCCUCCGCCCGCCUUGCUGAACUUGAGGACCUGGGGGUGGUCUGCCUGGCCAACCCGGGUGCAGGGGGGACCUUGGCCAGGGACCUCCAGGUCAGCGGGAAAUCUCUCCCUGGCAGGGCCAAUUGCCUUUUGCACUUCCUGUGCCUGGUGGGGCUCCCUUGCUUCGUCUGCCCUUCCCGAUGCCCCAGAAACUUCUGAAACUGACUGUGACCACUCGGACGUUGCCCCAGCCCAGAUGUCCCCGUUCAGGCGUCUCCACGGAGCUCCCCCCAGAGGUGCCCUAAAGACGGCUCUAGGUGGCUACUCGGUCCAGUGCUCAGAUGGUAACCCUGGCGGAGGCCUCUUGGGGACCCUACCUGGUGUGGCUGCUGGUGGGACCCGUGGAAGUGGCAGCAGUGGGGUUGGGGGAAGCCUCCAGGCCAGGGGUGGCAUCUGAAAUGGCCUCUUGGGCCUCAGGGGUUCCAGCCUGUUGAAUGUCCUGCUGGCUUUUCUAGUGACAGCUUGGACCCUGGGUUGGUGACAUCCCAAGACAACCCCACCAGGAUGGCUCAGACAGCCUCAUCAGCUUCGUUGGUGGCUCAUCCCAGACACCCAUUGUUGGGGCUGGCCACCCAGACUGUCCCUCUGUCCCUCCCUCUGGCAGCACCGUCCAGCACCUAGAACAGCAAGGGCGGUAGCAAAUGACCCCGCGCUGCUUUGGAUGGGCCUUUCCAAGCACUGAGGUUUUGUUUCCUAGUUGAGUUUAAGAAAUAAACGUGCAGAGUGGUGCGUGAUGGAAGCUCAGUCACUCACCAUUUGGCCCCACGUGGCCCAGAACCCUGUAAGUUUCAGAAAGCAGGACCCUCACCGGGGGAUACAUGAUCGCCAGACACGAGCAAAACACUCGGCCUUUACUUACAGCUCCUGUUGCCUGUUCUAC